GGCCGACAGCGAGGGAAAGAGAUUAGAAAAAGAGAUCAAGGUGGAACAAAGACAAAGUUGAACUUCUUUUAUGCUUGUGGGAGGAAAAAUUGCCACAGCUUCGUGGUGUAAAACGUAAUUCUCACGUUUUUAAGGAUAUGUCUGUAGAAAUGGCCACAAAGUGGCAUGUAUAUUCCGCUAAUGAAAUUCGUGUGAAAAUACAUAAUUUGUCAAAUAAAUACAGAGAUGAGAGGAAAUCUAUUGGUCCCUCUGGCGGCAGCCCUUCGACAUGGGAAUUCUACCCUAAAAUAAAUAGUAUCCUAGGGAGCUAUAAAAGUUUCAAUUUGGAAACAUUGGUGGAGGAGAGCACAGUUCACGAAGUUGUAGACUGUGCAUCACCCCUUAACAGCUCUUCCAUUACGCUGGAUUCCCAGGAAGAAUUGCCGUUUGUAGACGAGGAACCUUUCUAGAAAAAA